AAUGCGGGCUUGCUGCCAACUGCGCUGCCGACGACGGCGCAGCUCAGACCGCUCGCCGCGGUGGUUGUUAUUUUCUGGUCUUGGUUUUUAGUUGCCGUUUAAACUUGGUCGUGAGAGGGAGCCCCGUUAUCAGUCGCCGCGAUCGUGUACCGAAAGUGAGAGCACAGCGAGAGCCCUGGCCAGCGCAAGUCUUCAGAUCCAGAUUCUCCAGGACAUCCUGAUGGCCCCCGUGAGCGGCUGUUCGCCCACUGCCACCCACUCGCUGCAGGACUUGAGCGCCGCCGCCGCGGCCAUCGCGCUUGACAUGAAGCCCAAGGGGGAGCCCCACCCCCUGGCUGCCGCCACUGCCCUGCCAUCGCAGAAGAUCAAGAAACUGGUACGGCGUAACGCCUCCGACAAGCUGAAGCUCAUUCAAAUGGUCCACGACAACCCAAUUCUCUGGGACUCGCGUCUCCCAAACUUCAAAGGUGCCGAGGAGGAGAAGAAUCGGGCCUGGGAGCACAUAGGUCGAGAGUUUAACGCCCCCGGGCGACGCGUUGCCCGGGCCUUCAAGUCACUGCGGGAAUCCUACCGCCGUGAGUUGGCCCAUGUCAAGCUGAUGGGCAACGGCUUUAAGCCCAAAUGGAGCCUCUACGAGGCUAUGGAUUUCCUACGCGACGUCAUCAGGGAGAGAAAGGGCGCAUCGCAUGCAACUGAUCUCAGCCUGACCGCGUAUGGCCAUAUUAACAAUAACAACAAUAAUAAUAACAGCAACAGCCUGGGAGCAGCUGGAAAGACAGUGGCAAUGAAGCUCUCCUCGUCCUUCAACGAUUCCGCCGCUGUGUUGAAUCUUUCCAAGUGCUCUUCGUUAAAUGUGAGCGGCGAUGACUACUACUGCGAUUAUCACCACGUGAAGCCGGAGCUGGAUCUCUCGGUGGGCGGAGGGGCCGGGAGUAGCAGCAGCCGUAGUAGCUCCGGCGGUGGCCCACUUCCGCUGCCCGCACACCAACACCAGGCGCACAACGACAGUCGGGUGAGCUCCACGCGCAAUGAGCAUCAGCACCUGCAGCACAGUUACGAUGACAUUGAUGCCAGCUCGAUUCGCAGCGGAGAUGAAGACGCCGGCCAUGCAUCUGACGUAGUGGAGGAGUUAGAAGCAAUUGACGCCGAUUUUCCUUAUCCAUUGAUCCUGGACUCCAACUCACGCGCGAGCACCAAUGUGGGCGUGGACGACGUGGCCUCGUCGCGAAAACGCCGCCGUAAUGUCGAUCAGGACGGCUUGGAGGACGCCAAUGGGGACGAUGAUGCUAUUAUCGAUGGCGACGACUACGAGGAGCAGAUGCUCCAGCAGCACCGACAUCUUCGGCAACAGCAAGGUGCAGCUGCCGCCGGGGGGCUGGAUCUACCGCCCCCGCAAACUGUGCGUGAGGUUCUUAACUCUAAGUUUUGUGGCUUCAUCUCGGCUAAGCUGAACAGCAUGGAGGACUCGGAAGCGGACAAUUUAAUGAAUCGCAUUCUUUUGUUGCUGGUUCAAGUGCAGCAGUGCGAGGGGUCUACGAAGUAGGCGGGGGGCUCUUAAUAUAGGGGAUGUAGUUAAAAUAGCCAGGAAAAGCUCAUAAUGGAUUGAUGGAGCCGCACAAAGCCCUUUCAACGGAUUGAAUUCUUGCCAUUUGUUCUUACUUCCCUUUUUGUAAGAAUACUAAACUUAUUUGCCAAUGCCAAAUCUGUGCCAUACCAAAAAAAUCAAUCAAAUAUGAAUAUUUUUACUAAACAUUUUCUUCGCUCUCAUUUACAAAAAAUAAUUAACUUAAAGAAAAGAAAACAAAGACAACACAAAGACAAAGAUAUAAACAAAGAAAAUAUAUGAAGUAAGACUUAGUUUAAUUAAACUUUGAAUGUUAAUUUUGUUUUAAGUCGAUCUACUGCAGAUCAUACUCAAGCCAACGUCUCAUCACAUGAAACUAUUCUUUUAUAUACAACUAUACUUAAGAAUAUAUCGCCAUCUCGUUAAAUUGAAAACUUAGAAAUAAAAAACAUUUAUUAAAAUAUUUUUAACGCGAUAAAGCUACCAUAUUACUGUUAGGUUUACAAAAAAUGAAUAUUUGUAAUUGUCUUACACCAACUGUCUUUAUUUACUUUAUUGAAUAAAACACCAUAUAUGGUAGGCAAUGCAGUUUUCGUAA